GCUUGCGACAGUGUGUAAAGGAACUUUUGUCCAUCUUGUGGAAUACCGCUUUUUUCUUUGUUUUGUAACAGCUACCGUUUGUAAUUGGUUCAUACCUGUUAUACUUCACUGUUAUCUAGUUUAUUGGUCUCUGACUGUUAUGAUAAAUACGAGUACGUCUUCAAAGUACGAAAGUGUUUUAUUGAAAAGUUUAAAUUCAUUAGAUUUCUGUGGGUACAACUACAUUACAAUAUGGAAAAGCCAACGCAAGUUGGUGGUGAAACCAUGGCAAAGGAAGAAAAAAAUAAAAUGAGAAUAAACCGAAACGCUCGGCUCAUACUGCGAAACGUUUCAUUUAAAGCCACUGAAGAAUCACUGAGAGAGCAUUUUGAACAAUACGGCAAUAUAUUGGAAGUGAAAUUGUUAAAAAAGCCUGAUGGGAAACUCGUGGGAUGUGCUUUUGUGCAUUUCAAGAAUGUACCGAUGGCAAAGAAGGCGUUACUUAACACUAAUAUGAAUCCCUUUUUGGGUAGACCAAUAUCUGUGGAUUGGGCAGUGCCUAAAGACAAAUACAUGCAACAUGUGGUGAACAGGCAGCUGGAGAUUCAGGAACAAGUCAAGAAGGAAGAUUCCGACAGUGAUGAUGACGGACCACCUCUCAAUUUGACCAAUGAUGACCUCAAACAAGAGAUCAAGAGUGAAUCAGAAAAGUCUGAUGAUGACAAAUCCAAAGACUCUGAAAGUGAUGAUGAGAGUGACAAUAAAGAUAGUGAGGAUGAUGAGGAAAAUGAAGAUGAAGAAUCUGAAGAUGAAGGUGAUGAGGGCAUGGAUGAUGCUCAAAGUGUAACUAGUACGCAAGCUGAAUCAAAACGUGUGCGACUGAAUGACGCAGAGGAUGGCUGCACAGUGUUCAUGACAAAUAUACCAUUCAGCGUGGACAAUGAUCAGUUAAAGGUCUUUGCGGAACAAACUGGCCCUGUGAAAUAUGCACUUGUCUGCAUUGACAAAAUGACCGAACACUCCAAGGGUUCUGGUUUUGUCAAGUUUGUGAAUAAAGAAGAUGCGGAUAAAUUCUUGGCGCUACCAGCAGCUCAGCUCAAACUAGAAGGUCAGGUGAUGCAAGUGAAGCCAGCAUUGAAGAAGGAAAACUUGCAGAAUGGGAAAAAGAAGGAAUCAAAAGACAAUAGAAACUUAUAUCUUGUAAAGGAGGGAGUGAUUGUGGCUGGUACAAAAGCGGCAGUGGGUGUUUCCGCGUCAGACAUGGCCAAACGGUUGGCUCUCGAGCGCAGUAAGACUCAGAUGCUCAAAAACUUGAACAGAUUCGUGUCCCGCUACCGGCUGGUAGUGUCUAACCUGCCGCCGAACUGCACCGACUCGCGGCUGCGCAGCAUCUGCCUCGAGGCGGCCGGCCGCCGCGCCACCAUCACCGAGGCCAGGGUAAUGAGGGACCUGCGCAGCCUAGUCGGCAAGGACGGGAAGCAUCCAUCGAAAGGCUACGGAUUCGUGAUGUUCAUGCGGCACGAGGAUGCGCUAGCGUGUCUCAGGAAACUUAACAACAAUCCAGAUAUUUUCGACAAGAACAAUAGGCCCAUAGUAUCAUUCUCAAUAGAAGAUCGGACAGCGCUUAACGCAAGAAAGAAGAGAUUAGAGAAGUCCAUAGCCAACAACCCUCUGGCAAGAAAUAACAAUGAUACUGAGGCAAUGAAACGUAAAAACAGGAAACGUAAGAAUCAAAUGCCGCCCGACGAGAGUUACGUGAAAAAAGGCAGGUUCGAGAAAAACAAGCCGGCGCCACCCGGGAAGUUUGUGAAGAGACCCGACGAUGAAGAUGUUGGCGAAUAUACAGGGUUUACUGCAAAAGAAGGAGCGCAACAUAAAUUAAGAAGUAACCACAAGUUGAGAGAGCAGGCGGACUUGCACCGAAGAACUGUAAAAAUAGAGAAGAAGAAAAGCAAACACGCUCUGAGACUGAAGAAAGCGGCUCGGGAGAGAGUGAAGCAACCAAAACAGAAGAUUAAUAAAGGACAACCUUCUAGAAGGAAGAAGUUCAAACAGCGUAGGAAUGAGUAGUUUGAAAUUAUUAUCAAGUUAAGUCUUAUUUAAUUGUUAUGUUAAAAAGCAAUACAUGUUAAUUGCUUCGAUACUUUUAACAGUUUGAACGAAAAACAUCUGUAUAUAAUUGUGUGAUCUGUACGCCUAUCUGCCGUUUUUAACGAUCCCAAUUUCAACCUUCGGUCCGAUCUCAAAAAUAACCAAUCAAAAUAAGUAAUUUGUUAGUAUUGCAAAAAAUAACUUUAUUCUGAUUGGUCCAUUUUCGCGGACUAUUAAGCGUUUGGGAUCGUUUUUUAAAAGUUUUAAAAAAAUCGGCGAUUCGUCGUCGUAUUCCUCUACAUGACAACCCACGAAAAUACCUAAUUAAAGAUGAUCAUAUUAUUAACCACAGUAAUUCCCAUACUUUAUAGUGAUGUCGUUUUAAUUGGGAAAGCGAUUCUAAAAUGAUUUCCUCGUUCAUUGACCACUCACUGCAGUAGUGGCUAUUUUUAAUAUAUUUUGAUUUGCACUGUUACAAUUCAAUGUGGCUUAAGAUGGUAAUAAAAUGUAAUAUAUUUACC